AUGUCUGGAUGGGAAUAUGAGAGAGGAUUUAGAAUCUUCAGAGUUGACAAAGAGCUUGAGAGAGGAAAAAUCAUAUCUCCUGAGCUCUUAAAGAGCAUCAAUGAAUCAAGAAUCGCAGUCAUCGUUUUCUCUAAAAACUAUGCUUCUUCGUUAUGGUGCUUGGACGAACUGGUGGAGAUCCUUGAGUGUAAGAGGAGUAAGGGGCAGAUAAUUUUGCCUCUCUUCUACGACGUCAAACCAACGGAUGUCAAGAAACAAACGGGGGAUUUUGGUGAAGCUUUUACCCGCGCGCAUGAAGGAAUUCGUACUGCAAACCAGAUGGAAAGAUGGAGGACAGCUUUAAAGAAAGUAGCAGUCAUAAGCGGGUUGGAAUUAGAAGAUGUAGCAAAUGGGUAA